AGCGGCCACGCGAAGCAGAAACGGAUCAAACAAUUCAUCAUUAAUACGCAGAAUUUCUCUGUUCAUAAGAAAAAUCACAAACGUCUCUUCUUUCGUCCCAAUUGGUCUCCUCUCUUUUCUCCACGGCUCCCUCUGCGUUGUUUUCUAAGCUAUUUUUUGUCUGACCUUCAUGAAUUGGAGAAGCAUCACUGCGCUUUCUGUUUCCUCUGAAGUGGGAAACAAACACAUCACUCUUUUCUUGAUUCUGUGUCCUCUCAUCCAGAGAUUCUUUGGAACCCUUGUUGCAUUUGAGAAUUAUCUUCUCUUCAGGGUAUUGUGAGGUGUUUUACGUUUUAUAAUUUUGUUCUUGGGGUAGAACCAGUGGAGCAUUUCUCCCCCUGUGGGUGACCCGACCAGAGGCGGGAAAUAUUUUGGGCAUCCUUGCAUUUGUAUUAAAAUUUGAAACAAGUAAAAAACUUCUCAUCGCAAAGGAAAUGUGAGGUUUGAAGCCAAGACACUCUUCAGUUAGCACUGCAAAUCAAGUGAGCAAGUGCACAAUCAGUUUAGCUCUACAACUUCAACAAAUAUCUCGACUCAUUUAUUUUUAUGACUCUUUGCGAAACUAAAUAAAAAAAAUUCAUACCCACAGUGGAACGGGACCCUGUUGUCACACUGUCUUGACCUCCCCAGGGCUGACUGACUGAUUCUGGACCCAAAGCUUACUUUUUGAAGUGAAAAUGGUUUUCUUGGAGUUCUCACAAUUCUCGGGUAAGACACCUAUCCAGAGCAAUGUGAUUCCAUCAUUGAAACCGCAUGAUGUCCUGGUGCCGACUGAUGUAUGUUUGGAGUUCUCUGAUGUGUUUGGUCCUUUUCCUGCUCAAUCACCAAUCCAUGAAAACUGUGUAGGGACAGAUAUUAUUUACACCCGCUCUCAUUCUUUGGUCGGUCCAACAGAAUGUACUAACAAAACACAAAGGCUUAGUAGACUCACGUUACGUGAGAAUGAGGACUCUCUGGUACUUGUAGCGGGAGCCUCUGAGGAGACCAAUGGGGAAAACCAGUCUUCAUUUGAGAGUGAUUCUAAGGUUGAAGAAGGCACUUUUUAUUUUCCAAAAGCAGUGGUUGGUCUUGAUGACUUUGAGGUCUUGAAAGUGGUUGGCCAAGGUGCGUUUGGAAAAGUUUAUCAGGUGCAGAAGAUUGACACCUCUGAAAUAUUUGCGAUGAAGGUGAUGCGGAAAGAUAAGGUUUUGGAGAAAAGUAAUCUUGAGUAUAUGAUCAGUGAGAGGAAUAUACUUACCAAAAUUGACCAUCCUUUCAUUGUGCACCUUAGGUACUCAUUUCAGACCAAAUAUAGACUCUACCUUAUUUUGGAUUUUGUUAAUGGGGGACAUCUUUUCUUUCAACUCUGCCGUCAAGGCUUAUUCAGAGAAGAUUUAGCACGUGUCUAUACUGCUGAGAUUGUAUCUGCUGUUUCCCACCUCCAUGAAAAUGGAAUAAUACACAGGGAUCUUAAACCUGAAAAUAUACUUCUGGAUGUAGAGGGUCAUGUUGUAAUAACUGACUUUGGUGUUGCCAAGCAAUUUGAUGGGAACUCCCGAUUCAACUCUAUGUGUGGAACAUUGGAAUAUAUGGCACCUGAAAUUAUCCUUGGGAAGGGUCAUGACAAGUCUGCAGACUGGUGGAGUGUGGGAGUUCUCUUGUAUGAGAUGCUCACUGGAAGGCCUCCCUAUUUUGGUGGGAACCGACAUAAACUUCAGCAGAAGAUCAUAAAGGAUAAGAUUAAGCUCCCUGCAUACUUGUCCAAUGAUGCACACUCGUUGUUGAAAGGGCUUUUACAAAAGGAGACAAGCAAGCGCUUAGGCAGUGGACUGAAAGGCAGUGAUGAGAUAAAAGCCCACAAGUGGUUCCGCCCCAUUAACUGGAAGAAACUAGAAGCUCGGGAAAUCCAGCCCAGUUUUUGUCCAAAAGUUGCUGGGAAACACUGUGUAGCCAAUUUCGACACCCAAUGGACUGCCAUGCCCUUGCUGGAUUCUCCUGCUUCUAGUCCUAAAGGACAUGAAAACCCUUUCAGGGGUUUUACUUAUAUGAGACCCGCACAUCCACACAACCCUUCCAAUCAUCUGUAAAUGAAUUCAGGUAACAUUUGAUAAACCGCAAUGAAAUGUAAUCAACCACUUCAUCCCUUUCAAAAGGAAAAAGUCACGUUCAAUCUUUUCUCCCUGUCCAGUCAUGGUUUAAGAGUCGAUUUUCAUUUUCUAAGCAAUUUGUUUGUAAAGUCACUCCAAGUAAUUUUGGAAAUAAGCUCUAGAGGUAUAUAAUUGAUCAUUUAUAACUUGUAAAAGUAAAGCUUGUACUGUGAUCAAGUUGAUUAAAAACAAAAAAUUGUACCUCACUCAAUUAAGACUGUAUUUUAGGAUGCAGUAUAUUUUUAGUGUAUAUUUGCAUUAGACACUCAUUUGAUUACAUCACGGUUUACCAAAUGUUUCCUAAACACAUGCUGCCUGCUUUUGCUGUAAAGCGCAGUCACUCUUCUGUUGGCAUUGUAAUUUUUGUCUUUUUUCUAUUCUGUUGCUCCUGGCACUUGUGUGUAGUAUGGAGCAUAUUAAGCAAAAUAACAUAUACGUCCAGGUAUAUCUAUACCAAAAUAUGAUAAUUUAGAUUAAUAUGGACAGUUGAUUAAGUAACCUCACGUGAAGUAAAUUGUAUAUGGUUGCUUAGUUUCUGCUGUUCACUUUGGAAAAGUGCCUGAUAGUGCAUAUGACAAUUUGAGCAAACAAUUCCUUUUUAACUCAUUGGAUAACUAAAGUAAAAAAAACUCAUUGGAUAACUUACUUUUACACAGGGUCAAUAGGAAUGUAUGAAUGUGUCCGAUCUGUUUCGGGUCCGAUAUUGGUGCUAGUCUAGGACUCAGCCGUAAAAGAAAAUUCCCUAAAUAGGACUACAACAUGGAUAUAGUUCAUACUUCAUAAUUUUUUUAUUAACAUUAAAUCAUUAUCAUUAUUAUUAUUAUUACUAUUAUUGUUAUUAUUGUUAUUGUUAUUGUUAUUGUUAUUGUUAUUGUUAUUGUUAUUGUUAUUGUUAUUGUUAUUGUUAUUGUUAUUAUUAUUAUUAUUAUUAUUAUUAUUAUUAUUAUUAUUAUUAUUGGAAAGUAACACCAUUACCAGCUCAUUUUUCGGAAAAAAACUUUGAAAAUAUCAGCAGCCUACACCACCGGAUAAAGUCUUCAAUAGUUUUUAUUAAAAUGCCAGCAAGUGGCAUGCCCAAUUGUACUUCAAAAAAUUAAAGUCUAUAUAAAAUUGUUUUUGAUUUUUUCAGUUUUUCUAAGAAAAAUGAUUGUAUGGUAAAAUGGUUAGAUAACAAGUUAUUUUUAAAAAUAAUUGUCAUUAAUAAUUGCGGAGUACAUAACUUAUCUUUCCAAAUUUUCUAAAUAAUUUGUUGUGUACUGGUUUUUCACAUUAAAAACAUUGCCACUAGCGGUUACGAGCACUUUUUGGGCCUGUUUGGUAAUGGCUGAAUAAGUUGAAAAGACUGAAUGUGUUGAAGUGAAAGUGUGGUAAUAUGUUGGGUGAAAUUACUGAUUGAAUGUAAAAUUACUUUAACGGGUAUUAGUUUAUUUGUGCUAAAUAUAUGAGUGUAUUUUGCUAGUGAAUUAAUUUUGCUUGAUUAGGUGAUUAUAAGAAUGUUUAAUUAAUUUAUUAUAUUGAACUUUUUACACAAAUUUUUUCUGAGUAAACGAUAUCAUUAUAACUUUUUUGUUAACAAUAUGAGUAAAUUAAUUUUAAAAAAUACCAUUUCUAUAAAGUAUACGGAGUAUAAAAAAACUCACAUGCACUUGAAUAAAUUAAAAUAAAAUGAAACAAAACAUAAGGAGUGGGGUUUAUUUGAAUUUUAUUUUACCAAAGUCCAAAAUAGUUAAGUAUGGAGCACUCCUUGAAUAAGAAGCAAUUGAUCUGGAGCUCCCAAGCGAGGAUCGGAUAUUUUGUUCGUCCAAAACAACGAGCACCUAUUUCAAUAUAAAAGGCUAAAAGGGACUUUUCAAUCUCAAAUAGUACAAUAAUAAAAAUCAGCUAAAAAAGUAGUCAUAUAGUUGUUUUUUCGGCUGAUCAUAAAAAUCAGCUCAAACAGCCAAAUCAUGAAGUGUUUGGUUAUUUUUUUGACACUUUCAGGCUUUUCAACCCAUUUUGAGUGCUCCAAACACCCUCUUCAUGAGCGAAGUGGCACGAUAAAAAAAGGGCAAAGUGGCAGACAUCGGAUAUUGUACUGUGUGUAUAUUGUCUAGGAAGUCAUUUGACAAGAUUGUUUUUCGGCUUAUUAGGCUUAUGAGUCAUUUUUUCAAGAAACAUGUAACUUUUGCUUUGCGCGCUGAACUGUGUCAUAAACAGAAAAAUUAAGGU